AAUAUGUAACAUGGCGUUCAGAAGUUAACCAGAUACUAAUAAAGGUGUUAUGCAAUGUACAUAGAGCUAUGUGCCGGAUCUAAUAUAGUUGAUAGUACUGCUAUUCCACGCCAGUUCCGAUCACCUAUACGCUAUCCUAAUGUGGUCAUCACUGCCCAAACAGCCGCUACCCAUGUAUCACUUGCCGUAUUUACGACGUUCAGGUGAAGGAUAUUGUCCCGUUGCGCCACCUAAUUACUACAGUCCAACCAGGCCAGUUGGAGCAAUACAUGUACGUGGCUUACCGAGGAAGGAUUUCACACCUCCUCUUCCUCCUCCUACCCCGCGAUUACCAUCUAUUCUACCACGUCGAAAACCAACACACCUUCGGCAUGGCAUUGGGAGUGAUUUGGAGUGGGAUGAUUUUGAGUUUUGUGCAGAUGACUUCUCAGAUUCACCAGAUGGCUCCGAUAAUGAGAGCACGCAGUCUGUGUCAACGUGUAGUCAUUCCGAACUGGAAUGGGAUGAUUUUGAUUUGCGAAAUAGUGGUGAUGAAGCUGCUGACGUUGAUGAAAGUUUGGCAAUGGAUAACCUGUAUCCGCUGCUGAAUUCACUAACAUCUAGACCUAUAGGUAGACGUGGAGUUCCAUUGGGUGCUGUUCAAGUUCGUAAAUUACCCAGAAUAACCUGCACAUUUGCUGGCCUAGCACAUGUCCCAGAAGAGUUCUGUUAUGAUAUUAGCUCACGAAGUUUAAACAAAGACUUAUUGACUUUAACCUCAAAGCUAAAUGGAUAUGACAGCGACAUAUGGGACUAUGAUGAUGACUUUCAAACCACCAAACUUGGAAAAACUUUCAGUAACGAAUCAUUGAAUAGCGAUAUAUCCACAGUAUCAACUCAAGAAAGUGGGUAUCGAAGUAGCGGUACCGCUAAGUCGCGUGACACCCCUGACCUGCCAAAUGAGUUAACUGACUCAUCAUUAGCUGAGUCAUACGGUGAUGGUUCGAUUGUUGAAUACUACGACCAUUUUGCUGACUAUAACUAUUUCUACAAGCUGUCUCCACAUUGUCUGGACUCGCCACUGUCUGCUUCUCUGACAGAUUUAUCCGACGCUACUUUAUGUGAGUUUAACGAAACUGCUAAUCUAUUGCUUAAACCAGAGCGUUCGGCUAGCAUGGAAACAUUACGAUCUGAGCUACAAACUUCCCCGUCUAAUAGCCACUCCCCGACUAAGAUACCUCGUACUGAGAAUAACUGUGUGGUAUGUGAAAAACAUAGCGCUGCACGAUGUGAGGUGUCGGCACAUUCACCAUUACUUACCUUGCAUGAAUUAGUGGACGACUCAGGUACCGUCCAUUUAGACCCAGACACAUUAAGUGCAUGUUACCAUAGCAACCAAAAGCUGCAACCUAUUAACUAUGAUAUUCCCGCAGAUGAGCUUUUAACAGCUGGCGACAGUCCUCCUCCUCUUCAUUACUAUGGCAACCAUGAUAUAGGAGAGUUGAUUGAAGGUCACUCUGCGUCAGACCAGUAUCCACUAUCUAUUAGAUUUGCUGCUAAUCAAAAAGGAAAACGCUCAGUAAAAAAACGGAAAAGGAAAGCCUAUGAUAAAGUUGAUGAUGAUGUUGCGGAGGAAACUGAGGAAGAUAAGAAAUCUAAGAGACUUGCACCAAAUUAUUUUGUUGCGAUACAAGUGUCAAACCCAGAGAUUCAUAAAAAUCUUCGCAAUGUUCAGUUAGCAGUGAUGCAAUCUGAUGAAAAAUUGAAAGACGCCAUGAUCCCCAUUCCAACAUUGCAUCUCACUGUUAUGGUUAUGCAUAUAGCAAAUGACGAGGAACUUGAAAGGGGUUUUAAACCCCACUUGACAGUGAUGAAGUUAUCACGUGCACCAAGUCUAAGAAGAAAAGGAGUUCGUCGGAUAAAAUCAGAAUAUUAUCGAAGUUUCAAUAGUGAAUAUUUCGGCUCUCAAAUUGUGAAAGGUCUUCAGCUGUGCUCAAUCAAUAAACCCAAGCUGGAUGAUGGGUAUUACUGGAGAGCAGAUGAAAUAUACUUUGAUGCAGGAAAAGAUGAAGGUGACAGAUUGGAGACGGUUACCAUGACGAGGAUGAUGAUCAAUGAUAUCAUUGAAGAAGCAAUUGACCAAGUAGAAACAGUUAAAAAUGAUGAGGUUGUCAUGGAACCAGAAGAGCCUGAGGAAAAAGAGAAUAAAGUUGUCAUAGCAGCAGUUAGCAACCAAUCCAAGGCCAGAAUACCUGUACAACCGACUGAAAACCAAGAUGAAACCAAUUAA